UUGUUAGCUUGGCUGUAUAGUGGUGCAUGCAUGCAUUGCAGAGAGCCUGAUCACCUUCUGAGAUGGACAGGUAUUUUCUGCUGGUCUUAUGUCUAGUGACACUGUCCAUGGUAGAGCUGGGACAGUCUCAAUCUGAUGUUGCAACAGCCGUGUUCGAAACUCUGAGUCCCCUAUUGAAUGAGUUGAAGGAAGACAUUAGCUGUGUGAAGAGUGAAAUAGCUAAUCUCAGUGAGACAGUCAGUCAUCUAGUUGAGCAACUGGAACAUCACAAGAAUGAAACUGCAUCUGAAUUUGCUUCAGUCAACUCUGAAUUAGCUGAUCUGAGAUCCUCUCUCCUGUCCAUGAUUACUGAGGCGGUACGUAGUGCUGUAUUGAGGGCUCUACUGCCAUAUGUGAACAACAUGGAGGAGAAUAUAAAGACAGAGCUGGGGCAGUUGGUUAGGGAGAGAUCUUCUGCUAUCAAUGAGACAGUAGUUAUGAUGAACAGCUCCAUUAGAGAUGAUCUCAACUGUGUCAAGACUGAAUUAAGCCGUGUCAACGAAAUCAUCAGUGAUCUAGGUGGACACCUACAAGCACAC